UCUCUCUGUUUUCCUGUGUUUGGAAACCAGCAGGAUUUUUUUUUAAAGGAUUUAAAUUUGAUAAAAGACUCCAAAGGACGAGAAAAUACAAAGACGGUUUCCUCAGAGCUCCUCGGCACUGUGGAGUAAAACUUCAUCCCAGAACCUUCCUGUCCUCAGCCGCUUCGGCCCCUGAACGUCAUCGUGCACCUCCAUCGUCCUCUGGAGUCGCGUUUGUCGGGAUCGCCGAUGGCUUUUGGAGUUUUCUCCGUGGGUCCCGGAGAGGCUUCUGGAACCGACGCAAGUUCCGGAAGCAGUUCGGGAAUCGCGGCACGACGUUCCGGAGGGCGUCCUCAAGCCGCAGCGGGACGUCCUGGUGCGGACCACGGAGUCGUAGCGGCGGGUUCCACAGGGGGUCCUGGAAUCACAGCGAUGGAUUCCGGGAUGAGCCCUAGGACCACGGCUGGUUGCGGAAAGGGUUUUAGGAUCACAUCGGGCCAUUCCAGAGCUCUGAGUUCCGGCGUCCCGUCCCUUACCAGGCUGUUUCCGGUUCUGCUGGCCAUGGUGGUUUUGGCGCUCGCCGAACCGGUCCAGAGCCAGACGAACUUCUCCUCAGACCCGUCUCUGUCCGACCUGGUGAUGACAGAUCUCGGUCCGACCUUCCAUGGUACUGACGCACCGCUGUGGCUGGAGAUGAGGCUGGGAGGCGACUUCCCCAUCGAACCCCCAGGACAAGAAUCGAAUCUGGUGCAGGAGACCGAGGACGCGCCCCUGUCCCCCCCGAAGCUCGGAGCAGAAAAGGAACUCAAACAUGCGGGCAUGCUGAAACAUAAACAUGGACAAAAGCAUCCGUCUCACCCCUCUUCCUCCCUCCUUCACUCGUCCUCUUACAACGCCUCCUCCUCCUCCUCCUCCCAGGCGGUGCGGAGGCGUCCCUUACCGCCGCCCACCUGCCUGCACAACACCUCGAUAAAGACGGCCUUCAAGUACAUCAACACGGUGCUGUCCUGCGUGAUCUUCGCCGUGGGGAUCGUCGGAAACGCCACGCUGCUGAGGAUCAUCUACCAAAAUAAAAGCAUGAGGAACGGACCCAACGCCCUGAUCGCCAGCCUGGCCCUGGGAGACCUGAUUUACAUCGCCAUCGACAUACCCAUCAACGUCUAUAAGCUGCUGGCCAUGCGCUGGCCAUUUGCAGACAGUGUGGUCGGUCUGUACCUCUGCAAGCUGUUUCCCUUCCUGCAGAAAGCCUCAGUCGGCAUCACCGUCCUCAACCUGUGUGCCCUCAGCGUGGACAGGUACCGCGCGGUGGCAUCCUGGUCUCGGGUGCAGGGGACGGGUGUUCCCACGGUAACAGCGGUGGAGAUCAUGGUGAUCUGGGUGCUGUCGGUGGUGCUGGCUGUUCCUGAGGCCGUCGGCUUCAACUUGAUCAAGUUCGAGUACAGGAACAUGUCGCUGACGACGUGCAUGCUGCAGCCCACCACACCCUUCAUGACUUUCUACCGGGACGCGAAGGACUGGUGGCUGUUUGGCUUCUACUUCUGCGUCCCUCUGGCCUUCUCGGCUGUUUUCUACGGCCUGAUGACCUGCGAGAUGCUCCGACAUCAGAAAGGAAGCCUGAGGAUCGCGCUGAGCGAGCACCUCAAGCAGCGAAGGGAAGUAGCCAAAGCCGUGUUUUGCUUGGUGUUGAUCUUCGCUCUGUGCUGGUUUCCUCUCCAUCUGAGUCGCCUGCUGAAGAACACUGCCUACAAAUCCCACGAUGAACACCGCUGUGACUUAUUAAACUUCCUGUUGGUGCUGGACUACUUCAGCAUAAACAUGGCGACCAUCAACUCCUGCAUCAAUCCCAUAAUCCUCUACUUCGUCUCCAAGAAGUUCAAAAAUUGCUUCAAGUCCUGUCUGUGCUGCUGGUGUUAUUCUGGCUCUCUCUCUAACAGCAGCAUCCUGCCUCUUCACCACGGGACGAGCAUGCAGUACAAACACACUGACCACUGAGAGAGAGAGAGAGAGAGAGAGAGAGAGAGAGAGAGAGUGUGUGUGUGUGUGUGUGUGUGUGUGUGUGUGUGUGCGUGUGCAUGCGUGUGCGUGCAUCCAUGACGGACCACCGAGAGCUCAACCCGAUCGCACAAGGACACGCAACAUCAAGAGUGUUUUGUGUUUGUGUGUGAGCGC